UAAUGCAAAAAUACAUAUAUACAGAUUCAGUGAACGACACAAGUUCGUAAGUUCGUAAAUUGAAAUUAUUGUGAUAAAUUCAAAAAUGUUUUAUUUUUUAAUAUUGUGUGCAAGCGUAAUUGCUUCUUUGUAUUACUAUUUUACUAGAACGUUUAUUUACUGGAAGGAAAGAAAUAUUCCUGGACCUAAACCGCUACCGUUCUUCGGCAACAUAAAAGAUUCCGCUCUGAGAAGUAAGCAUUUAACCUCAGUUCUUCAAGACAUUUACAAUGCUUAUCCCAACGAGAAAGCGGUCGGUGUUUUCAGAAUGACAACACCAUGUCUUCUUCUGCGGGAUUUGGAUUUAAUCAAGCAAAUUAUGAUUAAAGACUUCGAUCAAUUCGUCGACAGAGGGCUCUCAUUUACGGCCGGUCUCAAUAACGCAUCCUGGAUCGGGAGAUCGCUUCAAUCGAGAAAUAAAACGACCUGCUGGUUGAUCACUAACCGGUGUCUCAAUAACACCGGAUAUUGCAUAUUGAGACCGGCCGUUAGUAAAGAAGGACUGGGAUUUAACCUGUUCCAUGCCGAUACCGAUACAUGGAAAGUUCUGAGGAAUCGUUUUACUCCACUUUUCACUUCUGGAAAACUUAAGAACAUGUUUUAUCUUAUGACAGAACAAGGUGAC